CGGCGGAUACAGAAAACAACCCUCUCUUGCUUUCCACGGCCCGAUGCAGGAAUCGGUUUCGACCAGGCCCCGAUAGGAGGGAGGAGCCCCGCCCCCGCCCCCUGGCGUCUGGGCGGCGCCCCCCGCGACCCGCUGGCCUGGCUCCCCCUGGCGAUCAGGGGUGCUCGACCCCAUCGUGUUCCUGCGAGACUUGGAGAGCCCGCCCAGCUGGAGGAGCACCUGGCGGUGAACGUGGUCGGCGUGCUGAACGGCACGCGGAGCUUUGUGCGCCACGUGCGCUCCAGGGAAGGCGGCGGGGUGCUCCUCAACAUCUCCUCCGGGGCGGCCAGGAGCGGCUACGCGGGCUGGGGCCCCUACUGCGCGGGUAAGGCGGCGGUCGACCGCCUCUCCGAGUGCGCACAGCUGGAGGAGGAGAGGCGUCUGGCCUCCGGGUGCACUCCGUGGCCCCGGGCAUCAUCGACACGGGGAUGCAGGAGCGGAUACGGUCCUGCACGGAGCAGGAGUUCCCGCAGGUCGCCAAGUUCCACAAGGUUCUCCGGGGAACGAGCAUCAACACCCGACCAGAGCACGUCGCCCGGCACCUGCUGGCGGUGGCGUUCGAUGCGAGCUGCCGGCCCGACGCCGUGGUGUGCUCGGUGCCGCCGGAGGCCGCUGGCAGGCCGUGACACCGAGGGCGAUGCACGGCAGGGCCGCCCUCUCCCGCGACUCGGAGGAGGGCCAUGCGAGACAACCGAGAGCGGUGCACGGCGGGGCCGCCUCCUCCUGCGGCGCUUCUGCGCGCGAGUUCCUCCUCCCCAGACAGGCUCACGCCGUGACAGAAAUCAAGACUGAUGUUUGUGGCCAUGUUCGGCUUCGGCCCUUCUGCCAGGCACUCG